AACAGUCAAUAAAACUCAUCAAAGUAAUUUAUUUUUCUGGUUUUUUCCUUCACAAAAUGGUAAUACAAAUGCACCAUUACUUGUAUGGUUACAAGGUGGACCAGGUUCAUCAUCUUUAUUUGGUUUAUUUGCUGAACAAGGUCCAAUUAUGGUUGAUAAAGAAAAAAAACUUCAUCCAAAUGAUAUAACAUGGAAUUCAAAAUAUCAUCUACUUUAUAUUGAUCAACCAGUUGGAACAGGUUAUAGUUUUACUAAAAGUGAACAAGGUUAUGUACGUAAUGAAGAUGAAGUAGCUCGUGAUUUAUAUUCAAUGUUAACACAAUUCUUUCAACUAUAUAAUGAAUAUGUAUUAUGUCCAUUCUAUGUUACUGGUGAAUCUUAUGGUGGAAAAUAUGUACCAGCUAUAGUUUAUAAAAUUCAUAUUGAAAAUCCUCAAGCUAAAGUAAAAAUCAAUCUUAAAGGUAUGGCUAUUGGUGAUGGUCUUAUAGAUCCAUAUAAUGAAUGGGAUUAUGGGCCAGCAAUGUAUCAAUUUGGAUUAAUUGAUGAACGCCAACUUGAAUAUGUUAAUUUACAAACAUUGUUAGCACGAAAUGCUAUUCGAUUACAACAAUAUAGUUUGGCUUAUGACAUCUUUGGUAAUUUAUUUGAUGCAUUUUAUUCUAAUUCAACUGGUUUAAAUGAUGUUUAUAAUUAUUUAUUAACACAAUUACCAGAUGCAUUUGGUUAUUAUGUACCAUGGGUAACAGCAAGUGAAAAUCGUCAUAAAAUUCAUGUCGGAAAUUUGACAUAUAAUGAUGGUGAAAAAGUUCGAACAGGUUUAUCAAAUGAUGUUAUGCAAUCGAUUGCCGGAAAAGUUGCUGUUAUUGCUGACAAUUAUAAAGUACUUAUUUAUAAUGGUUUACUUGAUGUUAUUAUAGCAUCAUCAGUAACUAUGGAUUGGGUUGAUAAACUUCAAUGGAAAUAUGCUAAUGAACUUCGAAGUGCUGAACGAAAAAUUUGGAAAGUUGAAGAGGACGAUAAAGAAGUAGCUGGUUAUUUAAAACAAGCACAUUCAUUUUAUGUUGCUUGGGUUCGAAAUGCUGGUCAUAUGGUACCAGCUGAUCAACCAAGAGCUGCAUUUGAUCUUAUUGAUCGAUUUAUAUCAGCUUAA